GCUCGUUUGGAACAAAUUUUCGAGCGCCAGCGAAAUUCGCGUUCGAUUGCUGGCCGACAUGAUCUCUUUUCCUCAGCUGCUCGGCAUCGAUGGACAGUAGCCAGCGGCUCUUGUCUCCAACCUGGGACUGCCAUGACAACAUCGUGCGUGGUCGCCUUCGGCAGUAGUGCUCCACGAUCCAUCUGUACGCCAUUCGUUUCACAUGCCUCCCAACGUUUGCAGGAAGCUUUUGAGGCCAGAUUGGCCAAUUUUUUGAGCGGUCGACAUGGUGGCUGUUUUAAUACAGUCAUUGCUAAUUACGCUAACUUGCAUCAGUAUGGCUUUAAGCCAUGCGGUACCGAGGUUAGGGGUAGUUCUAAUGUGCGCGGUCACAUAUCCACAUAUGACGCUUAUUCGAUGAAUCACCCUCCCCGUUCGGCUUCUGCCAGUCCCUCCUUCAUGCGACAUACCGAAGCUUCUCUGAACAGAACGCACAAGCCUUCGGAUGGAGGCUCAAGUGGCAAAUUUUAUUUUACGGAGGGGGGCGGAUAUAAAAGUGACUAUUCUUCUACUCGAGGUUCGCGUGAUGGCCGAGUCAGUACAUCGUAUAAUUGCUACAUUAUUUUUGCAAGCGCACUUCGAACUCUGCUGCUGCACGCUGCAAACCAUGUUUAG